GAUUCCUUCUCUUAAUUCCUUCUAAACCUCAGUAUUAUAGCCCAAUGGAGAUUGACACUAGUAUGGAUUUUAAGAGGGACAUGUCUCCGACAAGUUCAUCCUCAAUGGCAACUUUGAGGAACGAUAGAAAGAAUAAUAUAUUUAAGGAAUCUGCUAAGAAGCAGCUCGAUACUCUGCCAAUUUCUAGCUCAAAGAUUAGUAUUGAUGAUAUGGUCAAAGCUACUAAGCGAGACUCUGGAGCUUUCGGCAUUGAUGGAUAUAGAAUCCCCACUAAUUUUGCGAUUCAUAAUUAUUCACGGAAGCCAAGAAUGUAUGAGAAAAGGAAUGAUUGGCUCACUCAGCUCCAGAAAAACAAAGAGAAGGUCCCUUCCCCAGACAAGUAUGAUGUAGCAGAUAAGAUGUUGGCCACUCCGAAAUUAGCGUUAAAUAAAAGUGCAAGGAUCACUUUAUUUGAAGAGCACUCUAAAAGAAAACAGGCUGUUCCCCCUCCAAACAGCUAUAACAUAGUAAACAAGACCCAUAUUAAGGGAUAUUACUCAGACAAGAAAGCAGAUUUAAAAUCCUUUACAGAUGAUAUUGUCAGGAAAGAGCUUGAAAACCCUGUUCCUCUAUAUCUCCCCAAAAUAGACAUCACUAAGCCAAGGAUCAAUGCUUUUAAGAUCUCAAGCCUAAAGUGUGGCAGGAUAGAAAAGAUUCAGAAGAAUGAUAAGCCUUCUGCAGGAAACUACGACUCUCCAAAGGGGCUGACUAAUAUCACCCCUAAUCAUAACUACUCGUUCUCGUUUAGUAAGGGAAAGAAGGAAUCAAUCUUUAUUAAGAAGAAGACUCAAGGCCCCGACCCAGGAGCCUAUGACUUGAAUAAAUCUGAUGGGUUCAUUACUAAAGGAGCCAUGAGAGGCUGGAAAUAG